AUGACAAACGUGUUGAAAAGCUAUAACGCCGAUAAAGAUCCUGUGAUCAGCUACUGCUCGAAUCACACAACUAUUCAAACCGAUCUGCAGAAGGAAUUGCAAGAAGAAACGCUCAAAAAUGCGCCGAUGGCUAGAAUGCUCGGAGCUCCCGAAGUGCUCACAUUCGGUCAGAACUUCAUUCGAUCAUUGGGCGGAAAGAAGAUAAUCGACAUUGGAACGUACACCGGCGCGUCGGCGUUGGCUUGGGCGUUGGCGACGCCGGAUGACGGAGAAGUGUACACCUUCGAUAUCGAUCAUACCAAUUUUAGAAAAUUCGGAGUUCCCAUUAUUUCGAAGUGUGAGAAAACAUUUAAGAAGAUCCAUCUUGUUGAAGGGCCUGCGGUUGAAAGUCUAGAGAGAUUGGUAGCUUCUGGCCAUGCCGGGACGUUCGAUUUCGCUUUCAUCGAUGCUGACAAGACAAGCUACCCGAAAUACUAUGAGUUGGCUGUAACACUAUUGAGAAAAGGUGGAGUGAUAUUCGUUGAUAAUAGCUUAUUUGGCGGUAGAGUGUGCCAAGAAUCGACUAGAACCGAUGCGUCACUUCAAGCAAUUCAUGAGAUGAACGAGCAAAUUUAUCGCGACGAUCGCACUUAUUCGGCAUUAUUGAAUCUUGGCGAUGGAACUCAUGUCGCAUUCAAGAAAUAA